AAACAAACAAUGUGGGGGACGACUUUUUGAAGCGAUCAAUAUGCUGAGCACAUCACUGUCCCAGACUGACCAUACUGAGAGAGCUCAAUAACCCAGCACACAGCACACAGUCAGAGAAAGCUGGCACAUGAGCGUCCCAACAUGAAAGCAGUCUUAUUGCUUUUACUUGGAUUAGCGACAGCGUUUGCUGCAGAGGAAACAUGUGCUGGACGUUGUCAGAAUGGCUUCGAUCCUACAAAGAAAUGUCAGUGUGACACCAUGUGCAAGUACUACGGAAGCUGCUGUCCAGAUUUUGAGACAACGUGCAAAUCUAAAAUUGCCCGAGGAGAUGUUUUUGACUUUGCUGAAGAAGAUCUGAACACUACAGCGAUCUCAACUGCAGUGAUGAAUACAACAACAGCCGCUCCCACUCCCACCCCUGCCUCCACCGUAUCUCCUGACCCAGAGGCAGUCACCUGCAGUGGACGCUCGUUUGAUGCUUUCCUGCAGCUAAAGAAUGGAUCCAUUUAUGCUUUUAGAGGUGAUUACUUCUUUGAGAUGGAUGAGCGGUCAGUGAUGCCAGGCUAUCCCAAACUCAUCAAGGAUGUGUGGGGCAUCUCUGGUCCCAUCGAUGCCGCUUUUACCCGAAUCAACUGCCAGGGAAAGACUUACAUAUUCAAGGGUAACAAGUACUGGCGUUUUGAUAAAGACGUCCUGGAUGACGAUUACCCCAGAGACAUCUCGGUGGGGUUUGAGAAGAUUCCAGAUGAUGUCGAUGCUGCAUUUGCCAUUCCUUCCCCAGGCCACCACGGAAAGGAGAAAGUGUAUUUCUUUAAAGGUGACCAGUAUUACCAGUAUGAAUUCAAGCACCAGCCAUCACAUGAAGAAUGUGUCGAAAUGACCAAGUCGUCCCCCUCCGUUCUCUUCACACGCUACACUAACCUGUACUGUGACCACGACUGGGACAGUCUGUUCACGUUGCUCUUCCAAGGCUUAGAUGGACAUCACAAAGGCCCCCGCUUUAUUGCCAAAGACUGGGUGGGCAUCAAGCCUCCGAUAGAUGCAGCAAUGGUGGGCAGGCUGUAUGAGAGCUCCAAACCCUCUACCUCAGCAACGCCCUCCACAGAUGCAGUCGUAGUUCCCAGCAGGAGGCGACCCUCCCGCAGGAGAAAACAAAAGGGCAAAGGAUCCAGGAUCCAGAGUCGCUCACUUUUCUGGGAAGAUUUCGGCUUGGAUUAUGAAGAGAGGUAUUUCGGCGCAGAAAGGCGAGGCAAAGAUCAGAGGAAAGGUCGUGGCAGACGUCCAUCUCCUGAUGACUACAGCUAUGACCUCAUAGACUACGCUGACCUGGAAAUACUGCCGGAGAAGACAAUGCCAGUGCAAAAUGUCUACUUCUUCAAAAAAGAUAAAUACUACAGAGUGGAUCUGCAGACCAAACGGGUCGACUACGCUAACCCUCCUUACCCGAGAUCCAUCGCCAAGUACUGGCUGGGAUGUAAAGAGAAGGAUUUAGCAGAGAAAAGAUAAAAUCUCUACAGAAAAUCAAGCUAGUAGACAUUGCUUUAUUAGCCUUACUUUAAUUAAGAUUUUGUUUGAACUGACCGUGUAAACACUGACAGUGAAGAACAAAUGUUGACCUAUUGCUCUCUAACUAAUAAACUUGAUACUUUGUAAUAUACAACUGAAAGCAAUAUUCCAGUAUUUCCAAAAUCUGCUGCAUCCAGUGCUGGGUUGGUACAUUUACUCAACUAGAUGUAUAUUUUCAAAGGACAGUUUACUUUUGUACUCAGUUGAUUUUAGGGUUUAACAUCUAGUUUUUAAUUUUUAUUUUUUUUCUCUUUAAAUUCAACAUUCAGUAAUGUUGGUCACUCUGUACUGCUUUUUUGUGAUCGGUCACACCUGAUGGGUGCUGACAAUGGAUUACUUAGUAGAUAAUCAGUACUUAUGAACUUCUACUCAGUUUAUUUUAUUUUUUUCUCAAGUCACUACCCACCCCUGCCUGCAUCUGUAUUGUACUAUUAAUUAGCACAGAAAGUAUUUCCAAUGCAUGUACAAGAACUCUGAGCUGAAAAUGAUGAAUAUUAUAUAGUAUAUGCACCUUAGUUGUUUACUGAGCUCAUUUACAGAGUCCAUGGUGAACUUGUAACUAUGAUAGAAAAAAAAUGCUAGUUUGACUUUUUUAAAACUGAUGUAAUGAUCAAUUAUUUCUCCGUGUGUCAAAGUUGAUCCAUUUAAUAAAGUAAAGAUAAUGGAAAAUUA